GCCGGCCACGGAUUGGUCAGAGUGCUGUCACAGGAAGAGGCAUGAGCAAGACUUCCACCAAGAUUACAGAAGAUUACAUUAACAUCCUUUACUUUUUGAGUUCAGCAGACAAAAACGAACACAAGCUGAACAAACUUUUGGCAGAACACAAAAAAAUACAGAACAAAACAAAAAAGAACAAGACAAACAAUAAUGCACCAGUGGAAAUCUCUAAUAGUAAAUGAGACAAGAUGCAAACCCAGUCAAACAGGAAGUGUAACGUCAGCCAAUCACCCACAACUGUUUUCAUACUCGACGACAUCAGUCGAGAAAAGGCUGCAAAUGUAAAACAAUGAUGGAAGGAUUCGCUGCUUUCAUUCUUCUGACUGCAUUGUCUUUGACUCAAACUGCAGAGGUUCCUCAGCAAAUGUCUUUGGCCAUGGCUGAAGUUGGCGCUGACUUGAACUUGACAUGUCGAGUCUCCACUGCAGAGCUCAUUUUGUUUUUCUGGUAUAAGGUGAAAUUUGGAUAUAUGAUCCAAACUGUUGCUAAAGGAGCUGGACUUGUUGGGCAGUUUAACAACCCGAGAUUCAAAAUCAUAAGAAACGGUGAUCUAUACACACUUACCAUAGGAAAUGUAAGCAAAGAAGAUGAAGCAACAUACUACUGUCAAUCAGGAGAGCCCUACAUGGUUCCAUCAUUUCAAGGCACAAUUCUGGUGGUGAAUGAUCAUAAAAAUCUGGAGAAACAAGUCUAUGUGAAACAAAGACCGGAGUCAGAGUCCGUGGACGUGGGACACUCGGUCACUCUCGAGUGUUCACUCCUCUCCACGGACAAAGAAAACGCAGUCCAGUGUCCAGGCGAACACAACGUGCACUGGUUCAAAAGCGGAUCAGGAGGAUCAAACCCUGGCGUCCUCUACACAAACAGCAGCAGGAGGAAUGGACGAGAGGAGAAGACGUGCAUCUACAGUCUGUCCAAAACAAUCCAGAACUCUGCUGACACUGGGAAUUACUACUGCGCUGUGGUCACAUGUGGACGGAUUCUGUUUGGUGAGGGAACCAAAGUGGACACAAUGACUGCAUCCCUGCGCUGUGAGUGGAGAGAGAGAGGAGGCGUCAUCGCUGGGAGGGAAGUUUAAAAAGGAGAAGAGAGAGAUCGGGCAGGAGAAUGGCUCAAAAUGUCUUCGAUUUUUCUUCUCAGUUGGUUGGAGGCUACCGGAAGUCCUAUGAUUUGAGUUUAGUUCAUUUCAUCUAUUUUUCUUUUUGGGGAUGCGCUGGGUCCAGACGCUACCCACCUUUUGCUACUUUUGCCGGGAUCUCCAAUCUUUUUCUUUUGUUCACUUUGUGGCUGAAAUGAUGAGCUUAUUAAAAAAUAAAUAUGAGUUAUUAAUUGGGUCAUUUGGUGGCGUCCUUUUAUGUUCGCUCUCCUAUUGAGCCAUUGUAUUCUUUAAGGUGAGGCCGUAACAGUAGCAAAUUUGUAAUUUAGACAACAUUAUUGUUGUGUAAUUUAACAAAAUCUUAAGUGAAGAGCUGAGACAAAAAUUUUUUUUUUUACAAUUUCAUGUAGCAACCCAGCCCAUCAACCCGUUUCCUUGACUUCAAAGGACAUUACGUUCCCUUUGAUUCAUUUCCUGGAGACUUACUCUCACACACAUCUACUACUGGCCUAACGUCAGCCUAUAACCUUCAUUUGACCUAAAUAAAGACAUACAACAUGUCUUCACCUUAAAAUGUAAAAAUGUAGGCUUGUUUUUCCAAAGAGACAGAAAUAUUGCAGAUAAACAUUAAUUGCAGUGUUGAAAUUGUGACAUCUGGUGGUGCCAUUGUUGUAUAACUUUUAAUAUAGUGGAGUGGCUCAGUGGUU